UUUUGAGACGGUUGCCUCCAUAGAGAGAUAUUCUUCGCCUCCUAAAAUGAGGAGAUCGACGAUAUUUCUUUUCUUUGCGACCCUUUUGGUUCAUAAUUGGGCGAUUGACUUACCUCACUUUUCCACGUUUGAGAACGACGUCGACUUUUGGGACGAAGGUGCCAACAAAAGAUCGGACUCGAGCCACAGUUCAAGUUCUAGUUCAUCAAGUUUCAGUUCAAGCUCUAGUUCAAGCUCCAGUUCUACCUCAAGCUCUGAUUCAUCAGAUUCGUUUGAGAUCAAAGUCGAAGAACACGAGCAAAAGACGGACAAGUAUGGAACUCACGAAAUAACGAAGAUACACGAGAAGAAGAAGCCCGCCGGCGGAAACGAAACUUCAAGUAGCAAAACCAUCGAAGUGUUUCGUUAUGCGAAUGGAACGAUUCGUCGAAAGGUGAAAACCAACGGAAAAGGGAUGCAGGUAUAAUUUUGUUUACAAAAUAUACCACCAGAGUUAGUAUCUCAAAGAGCGAUUUCAAUUCUUUUAAUCGUGUUUUAACUUAAUAAGCUCAUUGAAAUGGUCACCAGGAUCAACGGGGCAAAAAUCGCGAGUCUUGAGUCUGCUCCUGGUUUGCGUGCAAAUUUCAAAUCGUUCAAUAUAUGUACGUUCUACAUAUUCCUGUACAUUUUUAAUGCAUGUAACCCCGUCGUACUUUUCUCCACAACUGUGGAUGUAUGCAAAAAAAUUAAGCCCGUCAUGUAGUACCCAGUCGAUUCCUACCCAGUCAAUAAUAGGCCCUUUGCAGGUUUCCAUUCACGUGGUACAAAACCGGCACAUUGGGACGCAAACGUCGCACUGCGACAAGACAAACAAAGGAAAUUACCGUUUAAAAUUAUGCAUGCCUUUUGUUGGUCUUGCUCCAAUGCAACUUUUGCGUCCCAAUAUACCCAUUUUCCAUCCACAUGAAUGGAAACCUGCAAAGGGCUAAUUUGUACUCACAUUUGGGUCAAUUGGCACCCGCAUUCGAGUAAAUUUGUACACAUAAAGAUAGCAAAGUGAUUACAACUCAAUAAUAAUAAAAGCGUGCUACCCAUGAAUAUACCUUGUUCUUUAAGCCACAUUCCGAAAUUGUGCGCUAUAAAAAAUUAAUGUAUACCCGGUAAUUAACAAUUAUUCCUCGAGCCUGAAUGGGCUCUGAGUCAACAGCCCAUGAGGCCGAAGGCCAAAUGGGCUAUUGACUCAGAGGCCAUGAGGGCGAGAGGAAUAAUUUGUUUUAGUAAAAGCCAACUAGCUUGUCAAAAAUAUCGGGACAAAACAACUUUAGCAAAGUUAGAAGUGGGCUGUAACAUGUAGCCUAGUAGUAGCUCAACUAAUCGGAACGCAGCAUUGAUAAUGGACUGGUCACUAGUUGGAUUUUACUAAUGGACAAUUAUUCCUCGAACCCUAAUGGGUUCUCAGAGUCAAUAGUCAAUGGGCUAUUGACUCAGAGGCCAUGAGGGCAAGGGGAAUGAUCGUUUUAGUAAAAUCCAACUAGUUGGUCAAAAAUAUCGAGACAAAACAACUUUAGCUAGCAAAACGUGAUUCAGCCGCCAUUGUUUUGGUUUGCAAAGCCGGCGCUUUUCGCCACUUGUGGGCUAUAACAUAAAAAAAAUUAUACCCUAGUAGUAGCUCAACCAACCAGAACACAGCAUUGAUAAUAGACCACUAGUUGGAUUUUACCAAUAACAAAUAUACUUCAUUCUUUAAGGCACAAAACAGGUGUUACUCAAAAACAUUCAAUAAAUGUUUUGGUGAUCUAUUCUGUGUAGAUUAAGUUAACAAUGACUAAAAAUAUGAAAUUAUGUUGAACUUUGUGUGCUUGUUGGUCUAAAUAAGGAUAAGUAAUAAUUUAAAAGACUGAAUACAAAGCAACUAAGACUGGUAGUCAGGGAGCAAGUGUUCUCUGGUGGGAAGUUAGUGCUUAAAGCAGGCCACUGGUCUAGAUAUGUUGAAGGGACCUUAAUGAACAUGGGUAUGAAAUCGACCGAACUUGGGUAUGAAUGGACUUGGGUAUGAAUUGUCACGGGUACUAAAUAGCGGUAAACUCAUUUUAUAUUCAAUGCAAAUCAUAAACGUUUGAGGCUAUGUAGAGAUGAUAUUUACACAGUACGUGAAAAUUUUUUGUUGUCUUUAUUCUAGGCUGAGUGCACCAAAAACCAAGACUGUGGUGACAAAAAGUUCUGCAGCAAAUUCAGACUUCAGUGUCAACAGUGCAUCGAUGGCUCAGGAUGUUUCAGCAGUGAUCAGUGUUGUGGAGAUAAAGUCUGCAAGCUUGGCUGGUGCAAGUCUGAACCAAGUAAAUAGACAGUAGUUAGUAUACAAUGUACCACACAAUGUGAUCAAAAAGUGCUUUUUGUGAAUGUUGAUUGGUUGGGUCAGAGGUGAUUAGCCAGGUUCUAUUCACCUCAUGCAGCCAGCACACAGGAAAUUAAGUUUUCUGAGCAUUUGAUAAAUAAAUUAAAGUACUUUGUUAGUCCAUUCAGUUGUUCAGCUUGUGCAAAGGGGUAAAAUCUUUAUAAUAAAACAAAAACAAUAUUAUUUUUCAUCUCAGUAUUAGUGAAAGUGAUAGCAACCAGUGAGCAGAGGUUUCUUCCCAGCAUGGCUUUUAGAAUUAACAAAGUUGUACGUGUCACUGUCAGCCAUGUAGUUGGUUUUUUAAUACCUCAUUAAGUGGUAGAUAUUUACCUCACUGCUUUGCUGCUUGUAAUCGAAUGAUAAUUUUGUCAUGCACCUAUGACUACAAUUUUAGGGCUAUAGUCAUUUUAGGUCUCGUCUUACAACUUUUGACUUUCUUCAUUGCCGAUUUUUUUGAAUUUAGCAAUAUUAUUAUUUGUUUAUAAUCAUUGUUUUUAGAACGCACUGGCCUUGCAAAAUCCCCUUGCGAUGAUGACAGCCAGUGCAAUGCAGGUCUGUUCUGUUCAUACAAUGUAUUUGAUGGUGGAAAGUGUGAAAAACUUAGAAAGGAGGGAGAAUCAUGCACCAUGGAAAUGUUUGACAGACGCCGCCCUAAAUGCAUGGAAGGUCUGAGUUGCAAACGAACAAGGUAGAUACACCUAGAUCAAGUUUUUAGAAGCACAGUUAGCCUAAAUCCUGGGUUAAGCCUGGGAGAGCUAAUAUAUUGCUCCACAAAGCUGCAAAGUUUUGCAGAUGUGUCUAUGGUGGGGACUUACCCCCAAUCAUACAAACGUCUGUAAAAUUCCACGAUUUUGCGAAGCUAUAUCUUUCUAGUUUUCAUCAAACCAGUUUCAAACUUGGCAACUUAACUGAUUUUGUGGGUUUAUUUCCAGCCAUGUUGACUUAUUUUUGCUAUGGUUCCAGUCAAAAGUUUUAUAAACUGGGGAAGUGUCUUUUCUUUUAAGGAUUAUAAUAUUUUGUUUAUCUUCUGUAGUGGUUUUGCAGUAUUCUUCAAAUACAAGUGUUUGAAGGAAGGCAGUGUGGAGGAUACAUCGCCUGCUGAGUCACCAUUUGAUUGGUUUAACAACUGGAAGAAAUAGACUCCAGCAGAAGCGUAUUGAAAGACAGCUCAUUAAUUUAACAGAAAAUACAUUAGACUUCAGCAAGAGCGUCUUCAAAGACAGCUCCUUUAUUUAACAGAAAAUACAUUAUACUCCAGCAAGAGCGUCUUCAAAGAAAGCUCAUUAAUUUAACAGAAAAUUCAUCAUAGUGUAUAGGAUACCUGUAGAUUUCUUGAGUUUUAUUUAAGAGAACAUGAUACACUUAAUGUCAGAUCCCGAGGGAAACAGUUAGUUUUGUUUUCCCGAGAGUCAGGGGUCGAGGGAAAACAAAACUUAUCGUUUACCUUUUAAAAAGUUAUCUCCACUAAUUCUAAGAAAUAAUUACAGUAAAUAUAUUCACAUGCCAAUCCUCCAUAAUUAUUAAGGAGAUCGCUAACAAGAAUUGGAUAUUGAGGUUUAUAGGAUUAAGCAGUACAAAUACAGGUGUUUGUACUAUCUAAAUGCAGUUGCAUCAGCUGUAUAUAAGUGCUGUUCAAUUCUUGUUUAUUUAGAGAAAAGUUGAGUGACAUGUUCUCAGUACAAGAUGUUAUUUUAUGGCCUCUCUGAGAGUAAGAUGUAAAAUUUGUCUUGUCAUCUCCAUCGCGUGUAGAGGCAGCCGAUAAUUUUGAAAACUGGUGAACUGUAAGAUUAAGAUAAGGGUUUUUGCGUAUAUUUGUGUGUAGAAUACAACAAUAAAAUCAGAAACUCCUCCCUAGUGUGUGAAAAGAAAUUAAAGUUGAGCGUCUUUUUUUUUACUGAAAAUAGAGUCCUGAACAAUGUCGCGUGCUUUGUGUACUUGACGGCAGAUCGUCCCAUCAGCGAGGGAGUUGGUGAGGGGGUUCGUUAACUCGCCUCGGAGUCUCGAACCAUUUUAUCUCCCUGUCAACUGGGAACAAAUAAUUUGGGAUACGACCUUAUUAACUGGUGAAAUGCUUUGAAAUGUGAAAGACUGUGGUUAUGGCUAGUUGUAUAGAAAUACUAUAAUUAUGUUGACUCGGUUUUUUCAGUCAGUUGUGUGCUGUUUAUGGCUGUAGCAGUAUUCCGCAAUCUCGAUCCCAUCUCCUGAAUGGAGUCUUUUUACCGGCCAAUUUUCCAAACUAACUCGGAGCAGUUGAUUACCAAAUGACCUAACCGGCUAACCAAUUAUCCUAAAACGUACAUCAAACAUUAACGAGGUGGGUAUUAAAAGGAUAAUUAAAAGAGAAAUUGGCUGGUCUUAAACAAUGACUGCGAUAACCAUUCAUUAACUAAAUGAAAUGGUUUUAUUGUUUUAAUCCUCGGUCCAAGUUAGACUUCGUGUCGACCAAACCGCAUACGACAAAGUUUAUCUUGGAAGGGUAACAAGCGAACCUACUGAGAUCGGAGCAACACAAACUCAGACCACCCACCCAUAAUUUCCGUGUGUUUUGGUGGGACCACUUUACCUCUCGCUUUGGUAAAAAGGUCAUGACCAAAUUCUACCUGUCAGGUCACUUUCUUUUCAUUUAUUUUAUUGUUUAUUUUGUCUUACUAUAAUCUGAAGUCAACACAGGCAAUACAUAUCUAAGAGGACACGGCCCUCCAACAACACUAGUUAAGUUUCUAAUAUUUUUCUGUCGAGGGCUCUAAAAAUAUAUAGAGCUUUUACAAUACUGUGAAAUCCUGUCGCCCCCCUUUGUUCUAGGGUUGUUGACCACAUGUUCAGUGUCAUUAAUGGUCAUUCCUUCGCUAUUAUCUAAACAAAUUAAUAAAUAAUAGCGCCUCCAUUAGCAAAUUGCAUUAGACCACGUGUUGGCCUUUAUUUAGAUUCGUAAGUAAACAACAACUGAAAGUUUAAAAUCAUUGUGUUUAGAUCAGGGCUGGAAACAGGAUUCCACUACUGAGAUGAACAAGGCAAUAAUUCUGCUCCUAGUGCUGGCGUUGACCGCUCUUCAAAUCGACGGGAAAAAGUCGAAAAAACAUGAGUCAGAGAAGGAGAAGGAGGUGAAAAGCGAAGAUGGUGUUGAGACCGAAGAAGAACCCGUCUUCAGGAGCUAUUUUCCAGGAUUCGCUAUUCGUAUCCCGGUACCGAAUUUCGGCAUCUUGUCAAACAUAAGAGAGCGUUUGGACAAUCUCUUCUCAGGAAAACAGCCUGAAGGACUUAGCGACUUCGUGCCUGGCGACAAAACGAAAUAUAAGACCACGACCAAGACAAAAAAUUCAACGCGCGGUCCGUUCAAGACGUAUACUGUGACACAGGAGACAGUAUCCACGGAGAACAAGAGUUCGCCCCACGUCGUGUCUAAAAUCUUCCAGUCUCUCACUACGCUUGACAAAGAUAAGCUGCUGUCCAAAGGAAAGAAUGGCAAAAUUAAGAUUCCUUCGAUGCAGUUCGAGCUUGGACCAUUUGGACCGGCGUUUGAAGAUGCUAAGGGAGAGCCGGUGGGUUUUUGUUUUCUUUUCCACUUUGUCUUGUGCUCCUAACUUGAGUAAGGUGCGCGAUCUUUCAGUAAACUUCUGGGUUAUUUUCAUCGAUUCUUCUCAGUUCUGGGCACUGUUCAUAAAUGUUAGCAAACGAAAGAAGCUUUUUUUGUACAAAUGACGGCGGAGUGAUGUGUCUGCUAUAAAAAUUCUUCUAACGGACUGCUAAAGCUGUGCCAUAUUUCGAAAUACGGAGCUAAGUCCAUUCAGUAAGAAAAUUCAUUUACUCUCUGAGGGACCAAAAUAUAUUGUUAUGUCAAUCCCCCAUCAUGCUGUCUAUAUACAUUUUAUCGUUUGUUUUUAUAUAUCAUGGAAUUCCAGUUAGCUGUUAGGUUGAGUUUGCAUUAGAGAAUGGCAAUCAGUGAAAUUCCAAACACGAAAAAUUAGAUUCCUUGACGCGUAAAGGGUAAAAAAAAAAAAGAAUCAUCGAAGCAUUGAAAAUUGUAUUUGUCCGAGGUUCCAUCUUUGGUCUAUCCUUGCCUUGAGCUGGUACCUGCCAGAGAACCUGCUAAGUUAAAUACAGUCUGCUAAUUGCUAUCAUGUUUAUCCGUGAUUGAGAAAUCAGAGCAGUCGGUUCGAGGGCCGAUUAGCGCUAACGCAGGGUUAAAUUUUAACCCUGGUUUCUUUUUCUUUUGUUCACAAGCAUUUUCCCAAAUAAUUUUCUCUCUUCUUUAUAGAGUAUCCAAUCAUCAAAUUGUAGGCAAAAAGAUUACAACUGAAUUUGCUUCUCAAACUUUCAUAUCUGAAAUCAAAUUUUGCACUAACUCUUGAUUAACUUAACCCUGCUUUGAACAACCCGGCCCAGGUAUUUAAGGUGGAACGAGGGUGUCAGAAGAGGUUGCUUGAUGACUAUGAACGUCUUGCAAGGGAGAGCGUAUUUUUAGCCAAACGGGGAACUGUACAAAUGUAAUUAAACUGUUACUUAGUAGUAACGUGAAUUGAACUCAAUGAAUAAUAUUAACAGUCAAUGCUCCCUUUUAGCUUACAUCCAGCCUAGCUAUGUAUAUAUGGAAGCUCCGCAAAUAGACCCAGCUGGCCGCUUAUGCAUGGCCAUGGUUUUUGUAAGCGGUCACAGACUUUAUUAAAUGUGUUUUUUUUUCUUUGUCAAGGGCAGCUGUAAGUAGAGCUGCUAUGCUAUUACGAUAGUGUCCUCUUGAAGAGUUUAGCGGUCGGACUGUCCAGUAAGAGAACAACCUUUGAACCAGGAAAAGUGUUAAAAGCGGUGUCUGAAACGGCCUGCAUUAGCCUGAAUCGUUAUUACUCCCUCAGUAACAACGGGAGUAAUAACGACUCGAAGUAAUCGGAUGAAAUUCAGCCGCUAGGCCUGCAUGGCAUUGGGGCCACGAUUAAAUGUCCAAGGUAUUACGGGAAGUGUUCGUUGUCUAAGUGUCGACUAAACUAGAACAAUGAAUAAUAAAAAUAAAACAAAAAAAUAGGUAAUCUUCCAAAACAGGACUAACUUCAAGGGUGAUCCACGUCCAAUGUUUUAUCAGGUUUUAUAUGAUUAUUGUAAACAAUCUGUGCGAUGUCAUGAUUUGCACACUUCACUCUCUGUAACCUUUGUUAAUAACGGGCGAAAUAAAGACAUUUUAUUUAUUUAUUUAUUCAAGUGAGGAUUUAUAGGCAGGACUUAUUGAUGAAUUGUGUAAUCGAAGUGUAAAGUAAUUGUGGUUGCCAUUCAGCAAUGCAUAUAAAUUGCACAAAUAUAUGUAUGUUCCCUGUGUUACUGAAGCGUUAUUUCGUCAUCCAAUUUCAGAAAUGCAGCAAACCUGAAGAUUGCAAGAAAGGCCUUUAUUGUGACGCGUUCUACGGAUUCUGUAAGAAGCUUUUGGACGCCGGAGAAGCUUGCACCCAGAAAGACCAAUGUGACAGCAAAGGGGGAAAAUACAGAUGUACCUGGGGUCGCUGCAUAGCAAAUGCUGAGGAGGGAAGUGCAGGUUUGUCAUUAUUCCAUGAAACCGUGUUCCUGCCUUUUCGGCAAGUUCACAGAAUGUAGGUCAGUAUCAUGACAAUGUAACACUCUCUCGAUUUUUUUUAAUAAUCCAACUCCCACCACAUGUGAAACGCUAGGCGUGUUAAUUCCGGUCUCUAGGACAGCAAAGCUGGCCUGGGCUCUUCUUCCUUUCCUUUAAAAGGGAAAAAGGAAUAUUAAUUGAAACAGCUUAAAAUCUCACUACCCAUGACCAACGACGCGAUCAUGUGAAACUCAGGCAAGGUCAUUAUCACUACCAGGCUGUGAUAUCAGUUUUGGGUGUGUUGGUUGGUUGUUAUCUUCUUGUGAAAACCAGUUUCAAGUUUUUCAUGAAUAAAAGGAACUUAUCUAAAGUAAAUAUAAGAUAUAGGAGCCAGUGUUUUUUGGCCGAGUGGUUAGAGCCCUGGACUUGCAAUUCGGAGGUCCCGAGUUCAAGUCCCGCCCUGACCGCUAGCUGGAUUUGUUCACCGGUAGUCACUAGUUCAAAUCCUCGUCCACGCUUGUAAACAGUAGCCAGCUGGUUUGCCUCCAGCCAGUUGGGAUUCUUAACCCUGCUAUGUUUGAUUUAAGUUAUUUGUUUCAGGUAUUUGCUUGGCCUCACAAGCAUUACUGCUAUAAGUACUGCCGAGGGUAAAUAAUGGAAUUAUUAUUAUUAUCCCGCUCGUCAGAACGCAUUCCAAUCUUGGUGUUCCUGUGGUACAAAGCCAGAAAUGUUUGAGGUAUCACGGGUGACUGCCGAUUAGCCGCCCCUAUUGAUUUUAUCAAGGGCAUCUCGGCCGGGAAACUGAACUCCUUUCAGCUCGAUUUCGUUUCCGUGAGUGACGAGCGCGGAUCCGUAAUCAAUGAUCCCUCUAGUUAUUAAUAUUAUUUACGAAUUUCAACAAGAAUAUGUUAAUAAAUACUUAAUGUUUAUUUAUUAUUAGCCUGCGUAGCAAGCCUUUCCGCGCGAGUUCGUCGAGAACGCCUUUUUUUGCUCCCGCUCUAACUUUCGCGCAAUGACUCAACUGCAAACGCUUGCUACGCAGGCUAAUUUAUUAUUGCAGGUAGGAGGUGUUUGUCUAUCAAUUGACUUUCUUUGCUGUUUUCUGUAGGUACUUUCUGUGACUCCGAUAGUGAAUGUCACUCCAAUGAGGAACUCAGCUGCCAAGAACAAGCUGAUAUCAGCCGCUUCACCCGUGUCUGUAUGGCCAAGUUAGAGGAGGGUUCAGUUUGUGGAAAUGCAAUUCAAAGCAUGUUUAAUCUGUUCAGGAGAAGUGAGCAAGACUUGUCCAAUAUCUGCAAAAAGGGGCUGGUUUGCAAGACUGUUGGGUAAGAACUUUCUCUGGGGUCUGAUCAUGGGCCUUUUCAAUCUGGCGGCUUUGAUUUUUUUUUUUUAGGGACCCUCCGAUUCGACAACGGCGACGUCAAUGGAUCGGUCCGACUAGAAAGUAGAUUUUUCAAACUUCUUGGCCGUUAUUCCAAAUCACCCAGUUACUUGAAAGUUAGGAUACUGGAAGAGAGGUGAACACCUCCGAGCCUUAAACUACUUUGCUGUGUGCCUUCUCCAGUCGACCUAAAAUUUGGUCAUUUUACGUCGUAGUUGUGCAGCCGGGGACGGCAAAGAAAUUUACAAAAAUACCUGAUGCACGCGCAGAGGCUUUGCUUUGCUCACAUGAUCUAUGAUAUAGACGUCCCCGUUGCCUUCCCCGUCAUAGUUUUGUAAGAUCCCUAAUCUCCCAUUAGCGGACGUCAUGCAACCUCUCUUGACGAUCACCCUAUGUAAUGUUCAUGAAGCUUUUUGUGUAAUCGGGGAAUCUGUGCCAUUUUCAAGUUUCUGAAAGAAAGUUUUGUGUUUGAUGGUUUUAAUUAAGCUGCAACUAUUUUCUAGCCAAGUAAACCUGCUGUACUUUCAUCCUUUCUUUCUAGAAUGGAAUUUUUAGAAUCUUUAGAUGAGAUGCUCACUCGGACUCCCCUCCCUCCGCUUUCAAUUUCCAUCCUCAAAGGUUUUCUUUUAUGUUUUGUUAGGUUUCUUGGACGCAUGCGCUGUAUCCGGGAUUCCGAGGUUUUCAGUUCCGAGGAGACAAAACUAAUCGGAUAUGAAAAACCCGAGAAAGAAACGAAAUCGAACGACGAGAAGAGUAAAAAAAUAAAGUUCUAAAUCCCUGAAGUUCUAAAGUUCCUGGGUAGUCGCAGGAAUAUAGAUGGAUGCGCAGUAAAGAGUAAUGUUAUGAUCUAGUAAUAUGAAAAAGAGGAAACUAUAUUUUGUAAUAUCUAAAUAUAACUUAAUAAA